AUGGGGUCUGGAGGCAGCCUGGGUGUUGCUCUCUUAUGCUGGGUGCUGGCUGCAGCAGCAUCUUACAGCCCUUGGGGUUUCCCUCAAAGGGACUUGGGGGUCUUGAGGGUCCGGGGGGACUCCUCUUGGAGUUGGCCCCAUGUGCCUUCCUUCUCCCAGCCCUCCCCCUGGGCAUGGGUGGAUGUCUCCCAGCUCCAGGCUGCUGCCCCGCUGCACCCCGUGGCCGUGCAGUGCCAGGAGGCGCAGGUGGUGGUCACGGUGCACAGGGACCUCUUUGGCACGGGGCGCCUGGUCAAGGCUGCGGACCUGACCCUGGGCUCGGCCGCUUGCUUGCCUGUGGCCCAGAGCGCUGCUGAGAGCACGGUGACCUUCGUGGCUGGGCUGCAUGAGUGUGGCAGCACCCUGCAGAUGACCCCAGACUCCCUGAUCUACAAAACAAGUUUGUCCUACAAACCUACUCCUUCUGGCAACCUGGUCAUCGUAAGGACCAAUGCAGCUGUGGUUCCUAUUGAGUGUCACUAUCCCAGGAAGAGCAACGUGAGCAGUAAUGCCAUCCGGCCCACGUGGGUUCCCUUCCGCUCCACCCUGUCGGCGGAGGAGAGGCUGACGUUCUCCCUGCGCCUCAUGAAUGAUGACUGGAGCAGUGAGAGGCUCUCCAAUGGCUUCCAGCUGGGGGAAAGCCUGCACCUCCAGGCUGAUGUUGCUUCUGGGCACCAUGUACCUCUAAGGCUCUUUGUGGAUGACUGUGUUGCUACUCUGAGUCCAGACAGGAACUCUUCUCCCCGAUACGCCUUGAUUGACCUCAGCGGGUGCUUGGUGGAUGGGAGAUCAGACGACACCACUUCAGCCUUCAUCUCUCCAAGGCCGAGGCAGGAAACGCUGCAGUUCGUGGUUGAUGCGUUCAAGUUUGCAGGAGAUGACAGAAACUUGAUCUACAUCACCUGCCACCUGAAGGUCUCCCCAGCUGACCAAGCCCCAAAUCCAUUGAACAAGGCCUGUUCCUUCAACAAAGCCAGCAGCCUUUGGGCUCCUGUGGAGGGUACUGGAGACAUCUGCAGCUGCUGUGAGACCGGCAACUGUCCAUUGUAUGGAGGAUACUCUCGGAGAAUUAACCCUCCAGCCAGAUGGCUAGGGAGGCGCUUGAAGAGAGACAUCGCUUCCAGGCAAGGUGGGUCCUCUAGGGCAGCAGAGGCUGAAGUCUCAGUUGGACCACUAUUAAUCCUUGAUUCAGCUCAAGGAUUAUGGAGUUCCUCAGGAGGCCUUGCACCAGCAGGGAAGACCCCACAUGGUGCUGCUGAAGGACUUCCUAUGCUGGUUCAAGUUGCCAUGCUCACAGCAGCCACUGUGCUGAGCUUAACUGCUCUUGGACUGUUUCUUGUGUGCAGAAAAUGUAGUUGCCCUCCUGGAGUGUCAUUGUAACUUCCCAACCCUAAUAAAGAGAAAUGUUUCUGUCCUC